AAAUCUAACCAAAAAUCUGAUAUGCAAGCACAAGCCUGUGCAAUUUUGUCGAUGAGAUCGCGAAGUAUUCUCAAUCUACUGUUUAAGAAUAAACUCCAUAUGGGUGUCAGUUUGGUCCCGUCCAUGAGAAAUCUAUGCACUCUUUUAAGUCUCCAAUCACGACAAUAGCCCCUAUUUAGGCUCGUUUACAAUCGAGAAAAAGAAAGAUAAUAUGAUUAUGGCGCCUGUGGUUGCAUCUUCAAUACAAUUCAUUGAGGCAGCGCUGUCCAAUGGCGGCGGCAGCCCUUUCGGCCUCGCAUACUCAGACCCCAAUCAGCGAUGGCUGAUCAGGAAGGACCUCCUCUCCCUCCUCCAGGAGUUCCCGUCCUUCUCCCUCUCCAUCGACACCUUCUUCCACAACGACGGCACUUCUACGAAGCUGCUCGUCGCCAGGGGCAGCUUGCCCAUCUCAGGGUUUUCAGCCCCAGCCGUCCCGGUCACCAUCUGGCUGCACGAGAACUACCCGACCGUAGGGCCCAUAGUGUUCGUGUUGGCCGAUCCAGGAUGUAAUAUCCACCCGGACCAUCCGUUUGUAGACUCGUCUUCGGGCCUCACCAGCACGCCGUACCUUAGCACAUGGUCCUAUCCCCGAUGCAGCCUCUCCGACCUGGCAAGAAACCUCGCGAAGUUGUUCUCGAAGGACCAUCCAUUCUGGAAUUCACAGCCAUCCUCGGGGUCCGCUGCCCACCCCACCCGUGCCUCGAAGACAGAAGCUCUGGACCGGCUCUCGGGUAUCAUCCACUACGAUAUAACGGUUCUAAGAUCGACAGUGGAUGAGGAAGUCCAGGAUCUACUAGGACUACAGGAGGAGCUCUGUGCACGAUGCGCUGCGACCUCUAGGAUCGUGCGCGAGCUCAAGUCUGAGAGGGCAGACUUGAAGGGAAAGGUGAGGGAACUGGAACGGGAAGCAGGCAGGAUAUACGAGUGGCAAGACAGUCUCAACCUCGAGCCAGCAUUUACCGGUUCGGCACGCAGGGAUACUGAGGACGUGAUUGAUAGCGUAUUUGAAGUCGACGGUGAGAAAUCAAGGCUGAUAUUGGAUUGUCUGGCAAGUGAGAGGGCCAUUGAGGACACAAUAUAUGCAUUAGACAAGGCAAUUGAGAUUGGGGCAGUGCGCUUUGAGACAUACAUUAAGCAAGUCAGGGUUUUGGCAAGGGAGCAAUUCCAGUGCAUAGACAUGAGGAUGAAACAUCAUGAGGAAAUUACUUCUCAUGGACAUGCUCCUCUUUCCUGAUAAAGGUCUCAUCAAAUUAAUAUUGGCCCCCUCUUAUUGUGCUUUUAUUUUUAUUUUUUUCCAGUGGUUUUUUGAAGGCUGGUGAUCCAACUUGAUGCACCUCCUAUAGUAUACACAACUGCCCUUCGGUAACAAAGCCAAUAUGGUUAUGUCUACUAUCCCACGCAGUUUUCCUUUUUCCUUUUUCCUUUUUCUUUUUGUAUAUUAUUUGAAAGAUUAUGGAGUAUAUCUAGUUCCUGUA